AUGCCUGGCAGAGAUCCCGGAAUAUCCUAUGACUCUUCCCCUGACACCAGAAAAGUAAUGUCUGGUGUCCUGUGCCCCAAGUGCACUACGACUGAGAAGCAAGUUUGGGUCACGCCUGGUCACUCCUGUCCCUAUUGCGGCAACGUGAUUCGUGUCUCUAAGAACUCAACCGUCUCGAAUUUCAAUAUGGUUGAGUGGUAG